UUCUUUUCUCUUUCUAUCCUCUUCUCUCUCUCCUCUCUAGAACCCUACUUUAUUCUCUCCCUCCAACACAACCCUCUAAAAAGAGGACUCUCCCCCCACUCGAUCCUCCUUGUGUUCACAAACAACACAUCUCCCCUUUCUCUCUCUCUCUCUCCCACCCCACCACUUGUGUGUUCUCAUCCACAUCCCUAAUUCUCUCCUCUUCUAUAUAUCUUGCUUGCUGUUUCAGCAUUACUAACAUUUCUUGAAUCUAGCUGAAGAGAUAGGUUUUAUGUAGUAAAAUCAUAACUGCCUAUAAGACAAACAAUAUUAUUCUUGAAAAGAUCAAUCAGCUUGUCAUACAUAUAUGAUGGCAUCGCCCUCGGAGCUAACCCUUGACUGCAAACCCCACACCUACUCCAUGCUUCUCAAGUCCUUUGGAGAUCAUCAUCUUCAUCCCCAUCACCAAAACGAUCAAACCCUGCAAAAACUUGAAGAGUUUCUCUCUCGACUCGAAGAAGAACGCCUCAAGAUUGACGCCUUUAAACGCGAACUCCCCCUUUGCAUGCAACUCCUAACCAAUGCCAUGGAGGCUUCAAGGCAACAGCUACAAUCUUUCAGGGCAAACAAUAAUAACCAUGGCGCGGCGAGGCCUGUUCUUGAAGAAUUCAUUCCUCUCAAAAAUUCCAGCUCGCCGGAAGGGACGACGGAUCAGAAGGCCGCCGCCGCCGGGGACAAGGCGAAUUGGAUGACCACCGCGCAGCUAUGGAGCCAAGGAAAUAAUAGUAAUAAUAAUAAUAAUAAUAAUGAAUCUGCCCUGCAGCAAAAACUACAGAAGAUUCCGGAUAAGGAGACUGAGAUAGGGUUUUGUGUGAGCCCAAAUCCGCAGAUGAAUAAUAACAAUGGCGGAGCUUUUCUUCCGUUCUCGAAAGAUCGGAGCGGUUCUUGCCCUAGCCCGACGCUAGCCCUAGCUUCCUCGGACGGCAAAGACGUAGUGGAAGAGAAGAAGAGUUUGGAGAUUGUGAAUCUUGGCAACAAGUGCAGUAAUGGACCUGCUGCAACACCUGAGCAAGGAAAAUCCGGUGGCUGUGGCGGCGGCGGCGGUGGCGGUGGUGCUACUCUUCCUCCGCCGCAGGAUUCUCAGACGGCAGCCGGAACCGCCGCACAACCGCAUAGAAAGGCUAGAAGAUGCUGGUCGCCGGACUUGCACAGACGCUUUGUUAAUGCUCUUCAAAUGUUGGGAGGUUCUCAAGUUGCAACGCCAAAACAAAUCAGAGAACUAAUGAAGGUUGAUGGUUUGACCAAUGAUGAAGUUAAAAGCCAUCUACAGAAAUACAGGCUGCACACAAGAAGGCCAGGGCCGACCCCACAAGCGGCAGCCGCGGCAGCGCCGCAGCUGGUGGUUCUAGGUGGCAUAUGGGUCCCACCGGAGUACGCAACCGCCGCCGCCGCCGCCCACGGUGGCGCACAAGCAGCAGCAGCGGCCGCCGCCACUCUCUACGGCGCACAUCCGACCACUACCCACGCUCAUCACCCAGCUUCCCAGCACUUCUCGGUGGGUCACGAGUUUUACGCCGCCGCGCCGACACAGCCGCCGCCGCCCCAACACCUCCCUCUCCACCACCCCCUCCACCACCAGUUCCACAUGUACAAGCCACCGCCACAAGCCCCGGAGUCCGACGGCCGGUCGGAGAGCAUUGAGGACGGAAAAUCGGAGAGCGGCAGCUGGAGAGCGGAUAGCGGCGCCGAAAACGGCGGAGAGGGAAGAGCACUGGCGGCAUUAAGGGAAGAUGGGGAAGUCAGCAAUGGAAGUGAUAUCACUCUCAAGUUCUAACAUUUCCCCAUGCUUAUUAGUUAACGUUUAAUCAUAGGAUUAAUAAUUAAUUUGAUUAAUUAAGAUUUAAGACUAGGUUUUGUACUUUAGCCUAGAAGUUCUAAUGACAAAAAAGGUUAUUUAAUUUCCUGUUCUAUAUGUAGAGAGAGGGGUAAAAAGGGCAUAAUGAAAAACAGUGUUUGUUUUGUUUUCUGUUUUUUUUUUGGGUAUGUACUAAUGUACUGUUUGAUAAAAUUGAAGAUUGGAUUUUUGUGAGCUUUCUUGACAA